AUUCGUCGAGCGGUGAACACACGCACGCAUCCUCGUCAUUCCCUGCAAAAACGAGCAGCGACUCAUUCGCAGCGAAACUCAAUCAACGCGAUCAUCAUCGAAGUAUACUUGUGCUACGUACGAAAAGCUACAUGUGUGCAAGUGACGAAAAAAAGUUCUCGACGUUUUUAUAAGUGAAAAAGAAAAAAAUCAGUGAAAAAUAAUUCUUUGUGCUGUGAAAAAUAUAGUACAAAGUUUUCCUCUCGUCGUUUCGAUCGAUUAAGCAGUUCUGGCUUUCGAUCGUUAAACUCAAUCAAAAUGACCGACAAAAUGUCGAAAAGUUUUGAGAAAAAGAACAAUAGCUACAGCCACUGCCCCUUGAAGAAGAGGCCAGUGAACGUCGAGAUCGACGACGAUGGUCCAGAGAGCAGCGUCGAAGACGAAAAAUUCGAUUCAUCGACCGACACAGCAUCCGAGCCGGAAAACUUAAGCACGAAACCGGAAGAUCUGAGCAAGACCUCGCGCAAACGCUCGGCAUCGCCCUCCCUGUCGAUAAACAAAAUCCUCUCACCUUCGCCACCAGCAUCGCCGGAAGCCAACAACAACAACAACAACAACAACAAGUCGGCGGCAACAGCGAUCGAGCAACAGCAUCAGCCGUCGCCAGCGAAAAUGGCCAAGAUCGCCGAGAGCCCGAAAUCGUCGUUCCUGUCGCCACCCCCGUCGCCCGAGACCAGCCUGCCUCAAUACCCUCACUACGCGAGCCCGAUGUUCCAUCCCGCGCCUCUGUCUCCGCCUCAGCACAUGUACAGCGCCAAGUCGCGAGUAGCGUCCUCGGUAGCGGCGGCCAUCCAGCCGAUCGCGAAGAAAGGCCGAGUCGAAGUCAUUCAGCACGCGAGUCCGCCACCCAUGCACUUCAUGGCGCCGAGGUCGCCCCUGGACGUGGACCAGCUCACGACGCCGCACUACUCCCAGUGGAGACAUCCGCAUCCGCACCCGUUCUACGGAAACUUCCCGUCGUACUACUCGGCGGCGGCGGCAGCUGCGGCCGUGGCGCAGGACGGCGGCUUCCAUCCAGCCUCGCUGCCACGAUAUCCCUACUCGUAUUUCUCGCCGGCCUCGUCCGGCGAUUAUCACGCGUCGUUCUCGCCGCCUCUGCCCGUGUCGGCGCUGGGCAGCAGCCCCCAUCAUCACACGAGCGGCGCCGCCUCGCCGGCCUCGUCGACCGUCUCCACGCAGUCGAUUCAGAAGCCGGUGGCGCGCAUCUUCCACACGCAGUGGCCCAGCGCGCCCGUCGACGCGAUGAGCAUGUCGCCGACGAGCAGCACCACGACCAUGUCCAUGUGCUCGCCGCCGCCGAUCUCGCCCGAGGACCUGUCGUCGCCCGGCAGCGACAGCGGCUGCUCGUCCAACGGUAGUGUCAGCAGUGAACGUGUUAAUAAUGUGAGUGAGCGCAGCCCGAGGAGCGCUGGUGACAGGCCCCAGGGCGCCAAGUACACUUGCGACGCCUGCCAGAAGACCUACUCGACCCACUCGGGACUGACCAAGCACCAACAGUUCCACUGCGCCGCGGCCGAUGGCAUGCCCAAGAAGGUAUUCUCGUGCAAGUACUGCACCAAGACCUACAUGACCCUGGGCGCCCUCAAGAUGCACAUCCGCACCCACACCCUGCCGUGCAAGUGCGAGACCUGCGGCAAAGCCUUCUCGAGGCCUUGGCUGCUGCAGGGUCACAUCCGCACGCACACGGGCGAGAAGCCCUUCAGCUGUCAGCACUGCCACAGAGCCUUCGCCGACAGGAGCAAUCUCAGGGCUCACUUGCAGACCCACAGCGACGUGAAGAAGUAUUGCUGCGAGUCGUGCAAGAAGACCUUCUCGAGGAUGUCUCUACUGACGAAGCAUCAGGAGGGCGGCUGCCCUGGUGUCGUCUCCUCGGUUAACAGUGCUAUCUACGGCUGCUGAGCGGCUAUCGAGUCAAAAACAAAUUCUACACAUUCAAAGUGCCUUUAACGAAAAAACACAAAGAACAUUGUACAUAGUGGGCGAGCGAUAUUAAGACUACGACAAAAAAAAAGGGCAAGCUGGUGGAGUACAAAAAUAAUAAUCAAAUGAGAGACGAAAGACUUUAACGCGAAUGCGCUACAAUCGUAUCAUCGACAGUGUGUUUAGAAGCUUCUGGUCUUGUAAUUUAACAAAAAAGAGAGAAAGUUUUCAUAUUUUAGUAUUAGGGAUUUCUUUCAUAGAAUGGUGCACAAUCUAUUUUUAUUCUUCUUUCUCGUCGCGUAAUGCUACUAUACUAUUUUUUUUCUUCUUUCUUUUAUCUGUCUUAGGAAUGCGUGUAAGCAAUUCUUUAGCCGUGAAACUGUCGUGCCAUGACUGUUCUUCGAUUAGAUUUCCUCGUGUGUUAAUUAAAUAAAACGAAUUAAAAAAAUGCAUUGCUUUCCUAACAAAAAAUAUAAAAUUUGUCAUAGCUAUAACGUUAAGAUUUUUUUCGAUUCAUGCUUUUUUUCAAUUUUUUCGCACCUAGUAAUAAUGCGUGUAAGGAAAAAUUAACAAGUGUGCUUUGAAAAUUCAUUCGACAAUUUCAUUAAUAUGAGCACGUCUCGCUGAAGAGGUAUCAUUUUAAUUUCUUUGAGCAAAUGGCAAAUUUACAUGUUCAUA